AUGCAUUUGCAAAUAACCUCUGCAUAUUUAACUAUUGAAACAGAUCCCUAUGACUAUUGCAAAGUUGAGUUAUCUACUCCAAUUCUUUGCACCUUUGACUUUGUCUGUGAUGGGGAUGUUCCUGCUCUCUGUGGGAGCAAGAGCAAUCUAUCUUCUGUCAAACAUGUAAAUAUUAAUGUAAUGAGUUUUGCGAAAGGUACAAAGGUUCCACUGGCUCUACUCAGCUGGCUGGUUGAACUUGUGAAUAUCAAAUCAUUGGUAAUCACUUCUUGGACUCUUGAGGUUCUCUCCUGGCUUCCUGAUUUAUUGAAGGUUGAGUUCCGUUCCUUGUGCAACUUGAAGAUACUUAAACUAAAAAUCGGCAUGUACAUGCCUUUACCUUUAUCCAUACCUAAUGGAGCAUUGUUCGGUUUUUGCAAUGCAACAGAUUAG